AUGACCUUGAAGGUGGAGUUUAUGAAUAAUGUGCCUCAAGAGUACACCACGCCGCCCUGGCCCGCAUUAUACUGGCCCCUCUAUGGGCGCCCCGAUGUCGCCAACUACCUCUACUACACCCUCGACAUCUGGCGCUUCACCCUCUUCUGGACCCUCAUCUUUUACGCCGGCACGCAUGGCAUGGUGGCUCUCGUAGCUCUCGUCAUGCAGGUGGGAAAAGGGCACCUCGCCUGGCAGUACGCAUGGAUUAUUCCCGUGUCGCAUACCUUCGUCGCCAUGUUUGAGGCCGUUAUGGCCGGUAGUAUUGUGGGACUGACACUUGGAGCAGUUUACGAAUCCGGUUACUUCAGAAUGUCCACUUGGAUUCCCUUUACCUGGGGUCUCAUCAACGUAUUGUUUUUGGUCAUCUCCUCGUUUUCAUUUAGCGGUGGCUUCUAA